CGGAACCAACGUGGCCGGGUCGCGUUCGCGCCUCCCCGCGGGGGGACCUUUUCGCCGCUGACCUGUGACCCGGAAGUUCCGGCCUGGCCUGGCCUGGCGCGGCGUGCGGGAUGGAGGCGGAAGUGGGGGGCCGAGCGCGGCCGCCCCCGCCGGGUAGCGCCAGUGCCCAGGAGCAGCAGGAGCCGGAGGCUGCGCCUCCCCCGUCGUUGGCAGAGAGCCCAGCCCCACAGGACCGUCCCCCCAAUGCCAGCCGGGUCACCGACCUGCCCCAGCACACGUCGCACUGGGGGGAAGGGAUGUUGGGCAGCCCAGCCCCACAGGACUGGCCCCCCAAUACCAACAGGGUCACUGACCUGCCCCAGCACACGUCGCACUGGGGGGAAGGGAUGAUGGACAGGCCAGCCCCACAGGACCAUUCCCCCAAUACCAACAGGGUCACUGACCCGCCCCGGCACACGUCGCACUGGGGGGAAGGGAUGAUGGACAGGCCAGCCCCACAGGACCAUUCCCCCAAUACCAACAGGGUCACCGACCUGCCCUGGCACACGUCGCAUUGGGGGGAAGGGAUGCUGGACAGGCCAGCCCUGGGGGACCAUCCCCCCAAUACCAACAGGGUCACUGACCGACCCCAACACACGUCGCACUGGGGGGAAGAGAUGAUGGACAGGCCAGCCCCACAGGACCGUCCCCCCAAUGCCAGCCGGGUCACCAACCCGCCCCGGCACACGUCGCACUGGGGGGAAGGGAUGCUGGACAGGCCAGCCCUGGGGGACCAUCCCCCCAGGAGGAACGGGAUCACUGAACCCCCUCGGCAGACGUGGCACUGGGGGGAGGAGGUGGAGGAGUGCUCAGCCCCACCGGCCCGGCCCCCAAAGAACACUGAGGUCACCACUCCGCCCCGGCACCCGUCGCACUGGGGGGAAGGGAUGCAGGUGUUGCCAGCCCUAGGUGACCAUUCACCCGACAGCAGUCGGCUCGGUGAACGGCCGCAGGGCCCGUCCCGGCAGGGGAGAGGGAUGCCGGAGCCCAGCCACGCUGCGGGUUUGGCUCAGAAGGAGCCCGGGGCCCAGGAGCCGGUGGGUCCACCCGAGGUGGGCGAGCAGGCCCUGCUGGCUAUGCUGAUGGCCGUGGCCAACAGCCCGCUGCCGGUGCGUAGCCAGCAGAAGGACGAGCCGGAUCUGACGGCGGAGGAGAAGCUGACCAUCCUGCGGGCGCUGUACCGGGACAAGCCCGUGGUCUUCCUGGAGCGCUUCCGGCGGGCCCUGCGCGUCGAGCACCUGGGCUGCUUCACCCACCUGGCCGCCCGCUACGAAGUGCGCUUCUACUGCGACGAGGUGCGCCGGGCCGCCCGCGGCAAGGCCGGCCACACCCGCGUGCGCAACAAGAGGUACGCCGCCCUGCAGCAGCUCAUCAAAGGGGGGGAGUAUUUCAGCGACGAGCAGAUGCGGGCGCGGGAGCCGCUGCUCUAUGAGCAAUACAUCGGGCAGUACCUGAGCGACGAGGAGCUGCUGGCCCUGGGCAGCCAGGCACUGGCCGGCCCCUGCUCCCUCUCCGGGGUCCUGCUCGACUCCUACCAGGAGCAGGUGCUCCAGCUGCGGCUGCACAUCCAGCAGGAGCAGGAGGACGCCUGCAUGGAGGAGGAGGAGGAUGACGACGAAGGUGAGGAGUCCAGCUCGGCCUCGGACGCCUGGGUCCCCGACACGGAGGAGAAGGCCUUCCUGCGGGAGGAGUUCACCAGCCGCAUGCACCAGCACUUCCUGGACGGCAAGGACGGUGACUUCGAUUACAGCGAGGUGGACGAGAACCCCGAGUUCGACAAUCUGGACAUUGUGUCGCGGGACGAGGAGGAGCGUUACUUCGACGGCGAGGAGUCCGAGGAGGCGGAGGAGAUGGAGGCAGAGUAGGGGGUCCCUUCCCCCCUCCCAAAGCCCGGCACCCUGAGUGGGGGGCAGGACCCAACUCGUGCAGUAACCCAGACUCCUAGUCUGUGACCUGGGAUCCUUCCCCCCCCCCACCCCGUCGGCUUGGGGCGUGGCCGUGCCAGGCCCCGCCCCCGUACGCUCGCCCCAGGUCGCUCCCGGCCUGUGAGCCAGUUCAGACAGGUACCUUUGUGUCAGGGGGUCCCUGCACCUCCCA